AUGUCUACAUCAAGGAGACGCACGAACCGUCGCGUCGUCGACGAGGAGAUUGAGGAUGCGCAAGCCAGUCAGGACGCGUCGCAGAACCAGAGGAGGGGCUCGAAUAGACAAGCUCCCAGGCGCGCGCGAUCGCAGCCAGAGAGCGACGAUGGCCUCGAAGUCGAAGAUGACGAGGCACCCAUUGACGUCGACAACCUUGCGGACGCACCAAUCACAGACUCUGCUGCUUUAACUAUUAAGGGGUACGCGCAAGACUGGGGCAGAAUCCAGGAUAGGAUCAUGCAGAGCGCAAGAACCAUUAUCGAGGUCGGGGAAGCGACAGCAGAUGCCGCAGAAGGUCAAGAGAGGGAAAAGGGCAUCAAAGACCUCGACAAGGUAAUGCGCGAGCUCAUCGACGUCGCCGCGGACAUGAACGCGCACGAGAUGAGCUUAGAGGAUAUACACGGCAGGCUGGUAGCCGGGGAGGAGAUUGUUGGCUUGCGAGAGAAGUACAAGGCCGACGUUGUCGAGCGAAUGAACGCGUACAACGCCAAGACGAGUCGCCAAAAGUACGCGAAAGUCAAAGAAUAUGCAACCUUCCGGGAGCAAGUCUUCCAAGUGGAACACCCUGACGAGCCCAUGCCUCCCGUAUCAGAGUUUAUACCGAAGGAGGAUGGCGACGAGAGCGACGACGACGACAUGGAGGUCGGCGGUGUCUCGCAAACCUUCACCUGCCCCCUCACCCUCGGCGUGCUCAAGGAUCCCCACACAUCUAAACUCUGCGGUCACUCUUACUCCGGCGCCGCCAUCAAGGACUACUUCGACUCCGGCCGGAAGGGCGAGCGCAAGCAGUGCCCCGCCGCCGGGUGCAGCACGCAGCUCGCGCGCUCGGACGUGGUGGAGGAUGCGGCGCUCGCGCGGCGCGUGAAGCUGUGGGAGCGGCGGCAGAAGAGGGCGCAGGAGAAGGCGGACGAGGAUGUGGACGAGGUGGUGGAGUGA